AUGAUUCUUCCCGUUUUUCCUCUCUUUCUUCACCGACUCUUCUCCGACAGACACAUACACGAACAAACCCUGUCCACCUGUUUCUAUUUCCUCGCCGCCAUAUUUAGCCGUUUUCUAACGAGGGUCGUGUCAUUUCUUUUCUCUCGUUCUCUCUUCGCAGCAUACCUCGACGCUGACGAAGAGAAGGAAAUGAAGAAAAAACCGCUCUCUCUCUUUUCACUCACCUCUCUCUCACUCUCUCUCUUUCCGCCUCUCUCUUUUCACCUCUCUCUCUCUCUUUCCGCCUCUCUCUUUCCACCUCUCUCUCUCUCUCUCUCUUUCCGCCUCUCUCUUUCCACCUCUCUCUCUCUCUCUCUUUCCGCCUCUCUCUUUCCACCCCUCUCUCCCUUUCCGCCUCUCUUUCCACCUCUCUCUCUCUCUCCCUUUCCGCCUCUCUCUUUCCGCCUCUCUCUCUCCCUUUCCGCCGCUCUCUUUCCAACUCUCUCUCUUUCCCUUUCCGCCUCUCUCUUUCCACCUCUCUCUCUUCCUUUCCGCCUCUCUCUUUCCACCUCUCUCUUUUCGCCGCUCUCACUCUCUCUUUCCGCCUCUCUCUUUUCGCCGCUCUCUCUCUUUCCGCCUCUCUCUUUUCACCGCUCUCUAUCUCUCUUUCCGCCUCUCUCUUUUCACCGCUCUCUCUCUCUUUCCGCCUCUGUCUUUCCACCUCUCUCUCUCUCUUUCCUCUCUCUUUCCACCCCUCUCUCCCUUUCCGCCUCUCUCUUUCCACCCCUCUCUCCCUUUCCGCCUCUGUCUUUCCACCUCUCUCUCUCUCCCUUUCCGCCUCUCUCUUUCCGCCUCUCUCUCUCCCUUUCCGCCUCUCUCUUUCCACCUCUCUCUCCCUUUCCGCCUCUCUCUUUUCACCGCGCUCUCUCUUUCCGCCUCUCUCUUUCCGCCUCUGUCUUUCCGCCUCUCCCUUUCCGCCUCUCUCUUUCCACCUCUCUCUCUCCCUUUCCGCCUCUCUCUUUCCACCUUUCUCUCUCUUUCCACCUCUCUCUUUUCGCUGCUCUCUCUCUCUCUUUCCGCCUCUCUCUUUUCGCCGCUCUCUCUCUUUCCGCCUCUCUCUUUUCACCGCUCUCUCUCUCUCUCUCUUUCCGCCUCUCUCUUUUCACCUCUCUCUCUCUCUCUCUCUUUCCGCCUCUUUCUUUCCACCUCUCUCUCUUUCCGCCUCUCUCUUUUCACCGCUCUCUCUCUCUCUCUUUCCGCCUCUUUCUUUCCACCUCUCUCUCUUUCCGCUUCUCUCUUUCCACCUCUCUCUCUCCCUUUUUCCACCUCUCUCUCUCCCUCUUUCCGCAUCUCUCUUUCCACUCUAAUCUAUCUAUCUAUCUAUCUAUCUAUCUAUCUAUCUAUGUUCAUAUCUAUAUAUCUAUGUUCAUAUCUCUAUCUAUCUAUCUAGUUAGCUAUGUCUGUUCCUAUCUAUCUAUCUAUCUAUCAUCUAUCUAUGCCUGUUCAUAUAUAUAUAUAUAUGUGUGUGUGGGGGGGUGCGUGUGUGUGUGUGUGUUCAUAUCUAUCUAUCAAUUUAUUUAUCUAUCUACGCCUGUUCAUACCUAUCUAUCUCGCUCCCUCCCUCUCUCUCUCUCUCCCUCUCUCUCUCUCUCUCUCUCUCUAUAUAUAUAUAUAUAUAUAUAUAUAUAUAUGUUCAUACAUAUCUAUUUAUCUAUGUCGGUUCAUAACCAUCUAUAUAUCUAUGUUUAUUCAUAUCUAUUCUAUUUAUCUAUGUCUGUUCCUAUCUAUCUAUCUAUCUAUCUAUCUAUCUAUCUAUCUAUGUAUCUAUCUAUCUAUCUAUCUAUCUAUCAAUGUCUGUUCAUCACUAUCUACAUUUGGCCGGAAAAUGGAAGCAAAGAUGAUCAAGUAGUAUAG